AGGAGGGACUUCUACAAGAUCCUGGGGGUGUCCCGCGGCGCCUCCAUCAAGGACAUCAAGAAGGCCUACCGGAAACUGGCGCUGCAGCUCCAUCCCGACAGGAACCCCGACGACCCCCGGGCCCAGGAGAAGUUCCAGGACCUGGGUGCUGCUUAUGAGGUCCUGUCAGAUGAGGAGAAGAGGAAGCAGUAUGAUGCCUAUGGUGAGGAGGGCUUGAAGGAUGGGCACCAGAGCUCCCACGGAGACAUCUUCUCACACUUUUUUGGGGACUUUGGGUUCAUGUUUGGAGGGAACCCUCGGCAGCAAGACAGGAACAUCCCCCGAGGCAGUGACAUCAUCGUGGACCUGGAGGUGACACUGGAGGAGGUGUAUUCAGGGAACUUUGUAGAGGUUGUCAGGAACAAGCCAGUGGCCAGACAGGCACCUGGCAAAAGGAAAUGCAACUGCAGGCAGGAGAUGAGGACCACCCAGCUGGGUCCUGGACGUUUCCAGAUGACUCAAGAAGUUGUUUGUGAUGAAUGUCCAAAUGUCAAGCUCGUGAAUGAGGAGAGGACACUAGAAGUGGAGAUUGAGCCUGGUGUGAGGGAUGGCAUGGAGUAUCCCUUCAUUGGAGAAGGGGAGCCCCACGUGGAUGGGGAGCCAGGGGAUCUGCGCUUCCGAAUAAAGGUUCUUAAGCACCCAGUCUUUGAAAGGAGAGGAGAUGACUUGUAUACAAACGUGACAAUCUCGCUGGUCGAGGCACUGACAGGGUUUGAAAUGGAUAUUGCCCACUUGGAUGGGCACAAGGUUCACGUUGCUCGGGAUAAAAUCACCAAACCCGGCGCCAAACUCUGGAAGAAAGGAGAAGGUCUUCCAAAUUUUGAUAACAAUAAUAUCAAAGGCUCACUAAUAAUAACAUUUGAUGUGGAGUUCCCCAAAGAGCAGCUGACAAACGAGCAGCGGGAAGGUCUCAAGCAGCUGUUGAAACAAGGAUCAGUGCAGAAGGUGUACAACGGGUUGCAGGGCUAUUGAUGUGUGGGGGGAAGAAAAAAAACCUGGGACUUGACUGAAAAUGAGAAGUCAGAUUUGUUUGCAGUCUUUUUCUCCUGCCCACUGUAGGAUGGAAAAGAGGGGAGGGUGGGGCAAUUUUGAGG